GGAUAUGACCCGCCAAGGCGGCAUGCCGUGCCAAUCCGUCGCAAACCAAAGCUGGCCAGUUUCUCCUGCUUCAAGACAUCUCCCACUUCCUUUAUCCCUUUUGUCUCUCGACUUAGGAGCAAGCAGCCAUGGCUGACUAUCUUUAUGAGCUUCUAGCUCCUCAGCUAGGUGCAACCCCUAAUGCUUCUUCCGCUCCCCGCUCCCCGGAGCACGAUACCACCACCGCCCAGUAUCUCAACCGCCUCCCCACCCUCUCCCUUCAAGCAUUGCAGACGACAGAGCCCCAAUCCCUAACGCAAGCCUCACACUCAACACUUUUGUCGCUACAGGCGCUGUCAAACCGCUCGCACAAAGCCUUCAUCGCUUCCGCAGACAAUUUGUCCAACCUUCGCACCACAAUACCCCAGUUGACCCGCGACGCCCAACAACUACGAAAUGCUAUUCCCAAACUCGACGAGGAGGCGGUCCUGUUCUCUUCCAAAUAUAGCAGGGCCACGGAGAAUGCAGCGCUCGAGCGACGGAAGAAGGUUAUGCAGCUGGCAAGAAACAUUGACCGGCUUUCCGAUAUUCUGGAGCUGCCCACCUUGCUGGCCACAGCAGUGUCAUCGGCUGCGGCCAGCUCAGGUGGGACCGGUAGUUCCGCUUCGACCACAUAUUCCACCGCCCUGGAUCUAUAUGCGCACAUUAAGAGACUGCAGACCUUAUACCCGAACUCCCCGCUCAUCAAAGACGUGGUGAUGCAGGCAGAUGAAGCAAUGAGGGACAUGACCUCGAGUCUCAUUGCUGGACUUCGUACACAGAACCUGCGGCUAGCAGCUGCGAUGAGGACAGUUGGCUGGCUACGGCGAGUGGCGCCCGAGUUAGAAAAUCUCUACAGUGAUGGAGAUACUAUUCCAGGAGAGGGUGCGUUGGGUGCCGUGUUUCUGAUCUGUAGACUGGCGAAUCUGGUUACCAUGCUCGAGGCCCUGGACCCUUUGCGAGACUUGGCCGACCAGGAGACGCAGCGGCGGCUCCACAAAAACGAAAAACCCAACAGUGCGACAGGCACCUGGUCAGAGGGCCACCAGACGGAGAAAUACUUGAAACGAUAUGUCGAGAUUUUCCGCGAACAGAGUUUCGCGAUUGUCUCCUUGUACAAAAACAUCUUCUCUCCUGACCAGUCCGAGUCGGAACUGGCUGUCACAGGUCUACGUGGGAUUGAUCGUCGAGUCAAGGCGGCAGCCUCUAAAUCGGGCCGGAAUGAAAGCCCCUUUCAACGUCUGCCAUCCGCUCUGGCUACCUUUCCCAUGCAACUGGUCGAACUACUCGCGGAUACCUUGCGCACGUAUCUUCCCAAUGUCCGCGACAAGAGCUCGCGCGAAAGUCUCUUGACCCAGGUUUUGUACUGUGCAGCCAGUCUUGGUCGACUGGGAGGGGAUUUCGGAAUGAUCCUCACGGAGCUGGGAGACGAGGAGGACAAAGAUGCUGCUGAUGACCUGGCCUGCGAAUGGGAGGAGAUAACACGGAAACACCGAGCCUUGGCAGGGCGGUUGGAACAGCUGACUGGAGGCAGUGCAACAACAGGGCCUGCCAAAACAACAAAAUGACAAACAGACAAGUGACAAAGGACGUACUCUGUAAGGCUGUUUUUUUGGGUGGCCAGCAAAGAUGCCAACAAACAAACAUAUGACAUUGUCAGUCUCAAGAUUGAUUGAAGGGAUGAAGCAGUGAGCGUCUUUUGUUUCCCAUCAAUGAGGGAGAAACGGGGGGACACCCGGGGGUUACUAACCCGAUAAGGCAUGGCAUCCGCCGUCCAAUGCUGUCUGGACCAUCCGUCAUCCUCUCCAGUCGCCCUCUCUCCUCCCUCUCUCUCCCUUCCUCCCUUUAUCCCCCUCCCAUCUUCCCUCUCCAUCUU